AUGGCAUUCAUACAACACCAAGCAGAUUUUUUCUCAUAUCCCGAAAUGAUAACACAUGAGAACGUUUACAAAAACAACAUCUUUAAUCCAAACCCAAAUCCAUAUUUUCAUGGUCAAAAGAAAGUUGCCGAUUGUGCGUCGACAUUAAAUGAUGACUCACAAUUUCCCGUCGAUGAAAUUUCACGGGUGCAAAUGCUAUUGGAAUAUUUGAAUAUCAAUAACAAUAAUAACACUACCGCUGAAGAAACCAAAAUUUUUGACCCAAACACGUUACAUUUUGAAGAUUUUGACGGCGUCUAUUGCGAAGAUGAGGUUUCAUCAUCAAAAAAUAACAGCAACUACGAUGAUGAUUAUUAUUACUCAGAUUUUGGCAGUACCGAUUACUCGGACGGAAAGUCAUCAUCAACAGACGAUGACGAAAGUUUGCAGGACGAUUUCACCUCAAUCGACGAAUGGAAAAAGAAUUGUUUAUACGACGAUGAAGAUCAAUUGAUUUCAAACUUCCAAUUGACUUCGGCGAAACGCCAUCGAAUUUCAAAAGUCAUGCAAUAUGAACGACAAUUACGAGAGCUCGAACAGGAAAUGGAGGAUCGGUUAAUUGAACAAGAGAUUAUGGGAUGGAUGGAUGAAUGCGAAGAAAAUCAAGACGAUGUGGCAGAUGCUGACUUUGACUAUUAA